UGUGAUGGAGGGAUCCAACCGCCGGCUGAAAACAGCCAGGGAAGCAAGCCAGGCCAUCUUGGCUGACUGCACUCGAAAGCAGAGACUUCUAGUGUGUCUGGAGGGCAAGAUACAGGAAAAGGAGGGAUUAGCAAGCCUGUACAUGGUCAAGCUAGAUAAUUUCUCUAAGGAGCACAAGAAAAUCCCUGCAAAAGUUCUCUUGUUUUUCUUAAGGAAAAUCAAGACUGUAUAUAAUGAGAUUAAAUAGCUUGAAAUUUGAAAAAUUCUCAGUAAUUGAGACAAUGAAAGCACAGAUUGAGGAAGGAGUGAACAAUGUAGAAAACGCAAUGCAGACUAGUAGGAUGAAGAUUAUGGCUAAUUUAAUAGCGAAUGAGAGUCAGGAACCUAGAGCAAAAUCUGUAGAAAUAAUGGAUGCCUCAUUUGAUAACGAUAGUAAACAAGAUACUGACAAACAAAAUUCAAUUCCAGAAGAUAUUGCAAAUGAAGAGACAGACUUCACUCUAAUCUUGCACUAAAAUAUGAGAUUGAUGAAUCAACCAC